AAGACGGCCCAAGCGAAGCACAGAAGACCUGAAGCGCUAAAUCAGUAAUCAACGGUCGUCUUCGUCCUUCUUCACCGCGAGUCGAACUGUCGAAGCAGACAAGUUGAGGCUUGCUGCCACUCACGCCGUCGGCGUUCACCACUUCGCCGGAAAGCUCGGAUCGGCCGAUUCGUCCUUGCAAUUCUUUAUUUCGCAGACCGCAGUGCCCUACUGUCCCGUGCGACUGUGCCCUCGCCCGCUCCCGAGUCCCUUCCUGCGCGGCUGCUACCUCCGGCAUUCCCCCGCUUUCUCUCUGAGUCGUUGGUCUUCCGAUUUUCCAGUUGAGCAAUGGAAGAAGGUGCCCCUGGAAAGAAUGAGGAAGAGGAAUUCAACACAGGGCCACUCUCUGUUCUCAUGAUGAGUGUCAGAAACAAUACACAGGUGCUCAUCAACUGUCGUAAUAACAGAAAGCUUCUAGGCCGUGUGAGGGCUUUUGAUCGCCACUGCAACAUGGUGCUCGAAAAUGUUAGAGAGAUGUGGACUGAGGUUCCCAAAACUGGAAAAGGGAAAAAGAAAGCCCAACCUGUUAAUAAGGAUAGGUUCAUCAGCAAGAUGUUUCUUCGUGGAGAUUCUGUGAUCAUUGUCCUCCGAAAUCCCAAAUAGAGGGUUACUGCUAAAUGGUUCAUCUUAUGCAGCUCCUGUCUACACUCGAGAUUUCUGCUCUUGUUGCAGUCUAGUUUUCCCAACUUAGACUUCUUGUGGUAGGAUAUUUUGGAAGGGCUUGUUAUUUGAAUAUACUGUGACUAUGAAUUACUAAGUUUUUUGCUUUAUUACUCUGCCUUUCAUGUACUUCUCUUAUUUACUUUGUUAGUCUAAUAUCAUCUCAACUUUGUGCUGUGUUAGUUGAAUGACACACGAUCUACCUCCUAAUAACAUAUACUAAUAUGCAUAUGAUGCUGAAGUUGUC